AUGGGGGUGGUGAAGGGAAAGCCCCCAUUGAUAGAAAAAAACCCACAACCCUUUGGGGUUAUCCUACGCUCGGAAGAAGAACUAGGAAAAGGAAACAAAUAUAAUGAUAGUUUUAUUCUUCGUUGCCCUCAUCAUUUAUUGGCAAAAAUCGAAAAGGUCAAUAUGAAGGAGGAGAAAGAAAUAAUAGUAACGUGGUCCCUGGCAUCUAGCAUUCUACCCACAAUGGUUGGCCAUACAAUCGCGAUUCAUAAUGGAAAAGAAUAUAUACCUAUUUACAUAACAGAUCCUAUGGUAGGUAACAAAUUGGGGGAAUUCGUGCCUACUCGGCAUUUCAUGAGUUAUGAAAGUACAAGAAAGGAUACUAAAUCUCGUCGUUAA